ACAGUACGGUCCUUUUACCUGAAGCCAGGCAGUUGUCUUGGUUCUUUGGUCGUAGCUGGACGUACGCAUUCGAGGUUCCCUGUGGCCUUACUCCAAUUGUGCAACCUAUUCGUAAAUAAACCAACCCGUCAAACCGAAACAAUCUCGAAAGACUAUUUACAUUUUGGUGACUAGUUUUUUGGUUUUUGGUUUGUUUUUGUUUUUGUGCUCCGGGAUAAUAGAGAACUUGUUGCCUACAUUGAACAUCUAAAACACGUUGGUCACCGACAUCGCAAAGGGACGUGAUUGGACUAUUAUUCAUAAGCACAUCUUGCGCACAACGAAAUAGUGCGGUUUGACGAUCGGCGCUUUAGUUGCAUUGACAACUGCAACCUUUGAAUGGCCGAGCGUGUCAAGAAUUUUCGCACAACGCCAGCCGUGUCGACUAGUGUCGUUAGUGAUUGGCAUCGGAUUCAUCAUCGAUAAAUUCGUAAUGAACCGUGUUCAACUUUGAGUCGUCAGUGCAAUUACUAAGAGGAAACGAAUACAGGGAAAAGGGGAAGAGAGAAGGAGACAGCAAAGGACGGCAGCAGAAAAUUCCUAGAAGAAAUAUCACGCAUGCUGUAGAAGCCGGAAGAGAGAAUAGGACAAAUCGGGAAAAGAAAUCGAAGAAGAACGGCGAAAGUAAAAAGAACUGAAAAGGACAAUGGCAUCAGGCGCUUCUAUCGGCCAGCUUCUCGUCGUCCUAUCCAUUCAGACCAUUAUCUGUCACGGUGCUGAGCUGGCAUUGGCAGGCAACGUACCGACUGUAUUAGAAGAUCUAUCAGGUCUUGCCGGCCAGGAAGUCUCGGUACCGUGCAGUGUGGACGUGGCCACCUGCGGAGAUUUCCACAGCGUCAAAUGGUACCGCGAAUCGCAACGAGUCUUUGUCUACAGUGAACUGGCUAAUCUAGAACGGUCGGAAGGAUCAUUGACCAACAGAGCUCGGUUCGUCCUGUCGUCGAAUGAAACCCAAGCCGGGUUGAAGAUCAGCAGCUUGCAGUUGUCCGACGAAGGUCUUUAUCGAUGCGAGAUCACCUAUUUGGAGAUCAACGAAGGCUGUCCUGUCGUUCAAUAUGUUAACCUCACCGUUCUCGCGGCCCCUGAUUACGUCGAGAUUUUGCUGGAGGACGGGAAAACGUCAGCAGCAAUUAGAAAUGUAUCACGCAUCGGCCCGUUCAACGAAGGUACAAUCGUCACCUUAUUAUGCCGAUCUGGAGGCGGCAGACCCGUACCUCGCAUAGAAUGGUGGAACGGAUCACACAUCAUGGAAGCAGAUGAAGUGGUGGCCACGCAGGAAGACAAUGGCGCAGUGACUGGUAUCAAUCGGCUUCAGGUAGCCCUAUCGCGUCAAGACCUGGAUGCACAGUGGCAGUGUCGUGUCCGUAGUCCAGCCCUAAGUUCACCGUUGGUGGCCAAUUUGCGCAUCGAUGUACAUGUGAAACCCACCAACGUGACACUCACCGGACUGGAUACGGCAGUGACGGAAGGAACUGCCGUUGUCGUUUAUUGCGUGGCCGAUGGCGCACGGCCAGCUGCUGCCAUCACCUGGUACAACGAUUCAUCGCCACUGCAGAAGAGCGCCGUUGAGACAACGCAACUACAGCCGGAAGACGAAGCGGAAGUCGAAGAGCAAUCGGACGGCACUUUCAGCACGCGGAGCCGACUCAUUUUCACGCUUAAUCGACACGACCAUCGACGUUAUAUCACGUGUCGUGCCGGUAACACGGUCACUGACGAUUUACAGCAUAAACCAGUCCAAGCGUCACAGCUCCUCAGAGUUGAAUAUGCCCCUACGGUAGCCGUUUCUCCGGAAAACGUCACCGUCAACGAAACGAUGGACGUGCUCAUUUUUUGCACUUACGACGCCAAUCCGGUCACCUUGACGUCUGUCCAGUGGUUUAAAGAUGAUGUCGAGAUCAUUAUCAACGGUCCCCACAAAUACGAAGGUGCCACCAUCGACCAACCGGCUCUUCUCCUCAAAAAGGCAACAAGAGAUGACGCUGGGGCUUAUUCCUGUCGCCUUACCAAUGCCGUUGGCACUGGCCACUCCGAAAAUGUUGCCUUCAUUUCCGUUCAAUAUCCAGCGGAAGUGCGUUUGGUCAUGGAACCCGAGCUGCCAGUCAACGAACUGGAACGUCCCAAUAUCACCCUCAAUUGCCAGAUGAGCAGCGGUUACCCACCCGUGCUCUUGGGAGUCCGCUGGUAUUUAGAUGGCGAGCUCCUCAAAGAGUUGCCUGAUUGUCCGCUCAAUGAAACCAUUACCUCAUUUUCGAUGUACGACGAAGAUUUGUGUGACGUAGACCCCAGCAAAUUACUUCUCGAAUACGUUGGUCGCUCAUUCCAAGGGAAUUACUCUUGCGAAGGCAUGAACGCCGCCGGAUGGGGACCACCUUCCGAAGUCGAAACUCUUGUCAUUUACUAUCCACCGGGCAAUACCACACUGACCUACGAGCCGGAAGUGGUAGUGAAAGAUGGUCCUCUGACUUUGACUUGUGGGGUUUCGGAUGUCGGCCAGCCUGCUGUUACACAAUACAGAUGGACACGCAAUGGCCACGUCAUUCCAGAGAUUAGUGAUGCUCAAUGGAAUGUCAGCCAAGUGACGCUUAACUAUCAAGCUAACUACUCGUGCACGCCAGUCAAUGAGGCCGGUGAAGGCGAAACGGCUACCAUUGAAAUUGAGGUCUUCGCUGAACCUACUUUCAUUGAACGACUGCCGCUGACUUCCGGUGCUCUCUCUGACGCCGCCGACGCCACCAAAUUAUCAUGUCGUGCUGAGUGUUAUCCGCUCUGUCAGAUCGAUUGGUUCCGCAAUGGAAUACCCAUCAGAGAAUCACCCAUGUAUACGGUUGUUGAUAGUUUUGUGCCAGAAAACAUCAAGUUUAAUCAACACCAAUCGGUCAAAUCAAGUUUGUCUUUCAACAUGCGUAUGUGGAGCCAGGCAAAGUUAGAUCCGAUUGCCGACACGGCGAAUUAUACUUGCAUUACGACAGACAACGUGGUCGGUGAUGGUGUCUCGAGCACGACCUUCUUCACGGUUGAAUAUGCACCCACCACUGCGAUUAUUGAUAACCCUACAAUCGAAGUGGAGGAAGGUUCGAUCGUGGGCCAGUUGGAGUGUUCAGCUUCUUCCUAUCCGUUAGCCAAUUACUACUGGCAACACAACCAUCAGAUCAUAGGCAACGGACCACGUCUUACACUCGACUACGGACUUAGCCGUGACAAGACGGGCGAAUACUCUUGCAUAGCUCAUAAUCAGCACGGCAAUACCAGCGCUAAGGCCUUCAUCAAUGUCGUUUUUAAACCCGAGUGUUCCAUCACUCUGCGUGAGAUGGAAGGGAAAACGCGGUUAAUUUGCGAAGUCCACGCCAAUCCUAAGCUGGUCGACUUCAUGUGGAUGCUGAACAAUGCCACGUUGACUACUGACAUUGUGCACAUGGGUUUGCAAAGUGUUCUGACAAUCGACGGACCGGCUCCCACCAGCGGAAUUUACUAUUGCCAUGCCAACAACUCGGUCGGAUUCGGGACGCCCUGCGAGAUUAGCGUUGAAGGUGGGUUGUUGGCGAAGCUGGGUGACGAGAACAUCAUUAUAAUCGCCAUUAUAGCUGCCGCCAUAGUCGUCAUCCUCGUCGUCUGUAUUGUGUUACUCGUCAUUUGCCGAAGGCAGCGAACUGAUGAUAAAUAUAACCCUGCCGCUACCAUGGAACAACGUGAAAAUCCGGAGGGAGGAUCCCUUAUGACUCUACAAUCAGGAACAACAAUCCAACAAGUUCAUCAACAUAAAUGGCCACUACGACCCGGUGUCCAGGUGCACGUCAAUGAUACAAACAGCCUUACAUUGGCCGCUUCCGGCUCUGUCCUUCUUUCGCCUGUUGACCAAACACAAGACGAAGCGCCAAAUUCCAAUUCGAAACGACCGCGUUCCGAUUCCUCUGGUUCGCAAGCAGACCAAUUUGAAGCGGACAAAGCAGUUGAUCGCCAAGUGGUAGAGUCCAACAUUCCAUAUUACGAGACGCUGCGGGAUCAAAAACCACCUUUGGGUGGAAACCGCGAUUCAGUAGGCGAGUCCCAGGCAACGGAUUCCGGCAGUGAGAGUACUCGUUCUGUCAUCUGUAUCAAAGGACCUUGUCGUCCUAAAACUCUAAUCCCCGUCACAUCUCAUCAUCUGAGUAACACUGAAGCAUGUCGGGAGAAUUCAGCAGUCUCCAAGUCAGAGAGCGGGACCUCUACUAGAAAGAGGAAAAAGCCGGAAGCCAAUUCACUAUCUUCGUCCAUUACAGCUGUUUCAGCAACGGGACCCUCUACCAAAAACGGCAAUGACAAUCUCUCAGAAAAUAGUAAAGCUUUCUACGAGAACCUCCCCUUCCACGGGCUUCAAACCGCCCCAAAUAAGCCCUUCAAGCCGAUCCUGUCCGAUCUAGUCUAUGCCGACAUCGAUGACAAAGAUUAUGGACCAACCUACUAUAAAAAGGCUAGUAUCCUCCAAGCGUCGGAAAAAAAAGCUCAGGCGCAAGGACUGCCAGUUCGACCAACUCGUGAGACAAGGCUCUAGAGUUAUGACGACCGAAUCGAAUCAACUUGGAUGUCUCCUUAGUCAUAAAACUAAUAAUUGGCUGUAAAACAUGAAAGUUUUCUAACUACUACGAAAUUCUGGUUCAAAAUAUUCAAAGUAAUAUGUUUUACCUGAGAAGCAUGUUUGAUAGAAAUGCGUACUAUAUAAUUUAAAAAUCGAUUGCAAUCUGUUUUCCCCUCUGAACUAAUCCGCUAAACGUUAAAACAAAAUCAGUUUGAAGUCCUUUCCGCUCGUCUUUGGCUUUGGUCGAGGAUUGCAGUGGUUGCUAAUGAUAAGGUAGCAACCACCGUUGCUAUUAAGAUCUUGAAAUCGUCGCAUAAGUGUAUACUCAAGUGUUUUCAAGCAACAAUAUUUGCUGUGAUGUUUGUCGUGGGUUUGCUCGGAAAUGGAAAUGCUCCUCCUUUCUUGUACAGCAGUUGUUGUUCUGUGCACAAUAGCACACUCUGUUUCAGCUUUUAGGCAUCUAGGUACCGCUAACCUGAUAAUAUGAAAGAUAUCCUGCAAAUAGUUAUAUGUUUUCUGUCAUGAAAAACAUUUAACGCAAACUGCUCGUUUCCGGGAGCAGCUUGACGAGAUGUUACUGUACAGCGUAGGUCGUCUUUUUUGCCAAAGAAAUUCCAGUAUAGGUCUGGAGUGCGAUACUAUGAAGAUCCGCAAGCUGACUUUCAGCAUCGUCUUAUUCGUAUACCUUACUGUAAUACUUGAGUUUAUAGUACAGUAGUAAAUUUAAACGUUCACUUUCAUUUUGGGAGUUUUGCAAUUCAUUCAGACGCAGUGUUUAUUUUUAAGUUGGGGCAAUCGCCAGGCAUACUUAGGGAUGGCAUACUAACUUUCUAGAGCUCUCUCAAUAUCUGUGCUGGAAGGCAAAGUACCACACGAGCGGAAAUCGAGAAAAAAUUGACCCAUAAUAACAGGGCAUUGGUGUGGCAGAAUCUGUUCUACAUAAAACGGACGUAAAUAAAAUCUCAAAUACUGCUUCCAAUUCUAACACUAAAAAAAGCAUUGUAUGGCAAUUUUAUCUUACAAGUUCGUAUGACCUAUCCUCAAGUUCUGUAAAUUAGCUGUUUAAAAAAAUCAGAAGAAUCUUCUACCCAGGUUGAUUGAACCACCAGAUUUUCUUGUGCAAUUGCCAUAACAUAGGCAAAAGUAAAAUAUGGGCUAAUAUAAAAUAUCCGGCUUGUCGUGACCAGCGGAUGGCCAACAUUAAUUUUUGUAUGGGAAGGCUCAGUAAUGUCUAAGACGAUUUUCCUUCGUCGCUGACAUGGUCCGCGACACGCCAAUUGUCCAGGUAUUUAGUUUUACAGCUGAAAAUGGCCCUCUUUUCCGUUCGUACCAUCCUUUGGUAUACCAGGAACUACUGUUGCACCGCUGCUAUUUUGUCCCUGACGAUUGAGCUUUUAAGUGAAUCUUUUGAGCCAUAGCUUUCAAAACGAUUUUGGUUUGAAUAUUUGAGCUCACCCGACUUCUGUGUGCAUGUUAAUAUACGAUAGUGCAAUUUCGUUAAAAUGUUCACAAUAUUUCUUUUUUGCCAUCGUUCAUUGUAAGCAGUAAAAAAAAAUACAAAGGGUCAAACAUU